AGUGAUUCUGGCGGGGAGCCCUUUCGAAACCCUAGUUCUACUGCUCCAGUAGGACAACCUCCAGAAAAAAAUAGUAAGUGUUUACUUUCCGCUUCCUUACUCAGGUACCUCGUAGACAAUGUCGGAAAACUUCUCGAAACGGCAUCGCAAAGCUUUAGAAGCGAAACGUGCGAAAAAUCUAGCGAAACUCACCCGAAACCCAACGGCCGGAACAACUGAUUGGCAAAUUUCGCUCCACAACAUCCAAUCCCGAAGCCAUUAUCUGUGGGAAAAUGGGACCCUGACCGACUGCAGCUUUCUGGUCGGUAGAGAACCGAAAAAGCAAAAACUGAUUGCGGCUCACAAGCUAAUUCUGGCGAUGUCUUCCCCCGUUUUCUACACCAUGUUCUACGGAAGCAUGCCCGAGACGAACAUGAUAAUCAACGUGACCGAUCUCGAGCAUUCGGCGUUCUCUACUCUACUGGAAUACAUUUACACGGAUACGGUGGUCAUCGAAUCUGUAGACGAUGUGUUCGAGCUGUACCGUGCUGCCAAGAAGUACAUGCUCCAGUAUGUCGCCGAAAAAUGCAUCACCCAUCUAAUGGGGAAGGCUAACCCCACCAAUGUGCUCCGUGUGUACGAGCUAGCCACAUUUUUCGAUGAACUGCAGUUGAAGGAACUUUGUCUCAGAAUCAUCCGCAACCAAACAAUGGAAGUGAUUCAAGAUGAUGGCCUGGAAAAUGUUGAGCUUGAAACGCUGAUGAUGCUAAUGGAGCAAGAGCAACUCAGUUUAAUUUCCGAACUGGAAUUGUUUAAUGCGAUUAAUAGAUACGCAGUGAAAAACGCUGCAAGCCUGGAUCCUCAACCCAAUCAGGAUCAAGUGAUAAACGAAGCUUCUCCGAGUACACCGUCAGAGCAGAAGCUGUUGAGUGAGGAGUCUUCCGAAUUGCAGGAUCAAGCGAAUAACAAAACUGCUCCGACUACACCAUCACAGGAGCAGCUGUUAAGUGAGGAGUCUUCCGAAUUGAAGGAUCCAGUGGAAAACCAAAUUGCUCUAACUACACCUUCACAGGAGCAACUGUUGAGUGAGGGAUCUUCCGAGUUGAAGGAUCAAGUGAAAAAUGAAACUGCUCCGACUGCACCGUCGCAGGAGCAGCUGGUGGGUGAGGGGUCUUCCGAAUCGAGCGAUAAGCUGUCGAAGGAACCAGUUGCCGAUGAAACCAAGGAACCACAAACCGAUUCUGCACCAUCGGAGGUUGUGGAACGGAAACCUGCUUCUGCCAUCACCAUCACCAUUCGGGACAUAGUCAAGCGUGUUCGUUUUCUUACGAUGUCGCCGAAGCAAUUUGCCGAAGGCCCGAUAAAGACAACUUUGCUAACGCAGCCGGAGAUGUUUGCCAUUUUGGCUAACAUUUCGUCACCGGAUAGCGGUGUUCCGAUGCCCGACGGAUUCAGCACCAGCCGUGCUCGGAGAAGUACAAAAGCGUUCGUGUUUCACUAGAGCA